ACAACUAAUAGUUCCACAUGAGCCGUUAUAGUAGAAAAUAAUAGUCGAAGUACAAUGAUUACAAAAUAUAAAUAAUUAUCCUUGAAGGAUCCGCAUAAAUGAAACGUUCCGUUUCUUGUUUUUUCUUUCAAACAUGCAUUCGAAAGGGAUGAUUAAUGCAAGAGGUGAACUCCCGCAACUCAUCAGAUCCACUCUCGCGUACGCAGGGAAACACUCCAGGGAAAAUAUGAGAAAGAGAAACGAGUUUUUCUAAGGGUUCUGUAAAUCCUUCGAGAUGCGUUUUGGCACCAGUGACCGGGGUGGUUCUGGUUCUAUAUUGUGUGCGCAUUUGUUGACGUUCCUUGUAUUAGGGGGUUGUUUGGGGAACCCGGAACCAUCACCCAAUCAACGUGCACCUCUUUCAUCACGCACCGUAAGGACCAAAUACGGGGACGUGAGUGGUGUGAUCAUAACGUUGGAUUCGCGUCAUUUGGAACCCGUCGAAGUGUUUCGUGGUAUACCUUACGCUAGUCCCCCUUUGGGGAGCUUACGAUUUAUGCCGCCGGUAACGGGUGCUCUAUGGUCGGGUGUGAAAAUUGCGGACAAGUUUAGUCCUGUGUGUCCCCAGAGAUUGCCCGAUAUUCGUAACGAAACUGCCGCGCUUAAAAAGAUGCCCCGAGGUAGACUGGAAUAUUUAAAGAGAUUGUUACCGUAUUUGCAGAACCAAAGUGAGGAUUGUCUCUACCUCAACAUUUAUGCUCCAGCUCAAGACAAAGCAUACGAAUACUGGCUAAAUGAUAUGUACCUAGGAAACCCUGCAGCACUACCAAUCAACUCAAAUCCUGGUAUGGUUUUUCCACCAAGAAAGUUCACUACAAUUUUAGACCUCGCUAGGUUUACAUCCCGAAUUUUAAAUGCCGCACUUGCAUAUAAGACUAUGCUGGACAACAAGCAGUUACCUUUAGAACGUGCAACAUCGAGAAAUCCCGGUCAGCCGCUCUGCAUGGCACAGUACUACCGCCUAUUUUCUUCUUGUAGAAUCCCUGGUAUAAAAAGGGACAAGCAGUUUAUUUCGGCUUCAACGGAACAACCUUCAGAACAUAUUAUCGUCACAUGUAGGAACCACUUUUAUUGCUUGGUCUUAAAAGCGCCUGAUAGAGGUUGUCUAAGUGAAGACGAGAUUUGUUCUCAGCUGCUUUAUAUAUUAAAUAACGCCCCAUGUCUGCCUAUGCCACCUCCAGUGGGAAUACUGACUGGAUGGAGGAGACCAAAAUGGGCAGAAGCGAGGCAGAAGCUUCUUAGAAACGAUAGAAAUAGAAGGAAUAUGGAAUUAAUAGAAAAAGCCUUGCUGGUACUGUGCUUAGAUGAAGCCCUUUCCAAUAAUUUCAAUUCCCACGUACAGAGAGGUGCAAAGGGUCAUGUUGCCGGAGGCAGAGAUGAAACCAAUUUAGCUUUGCAAAUGCUCCAUGGAGGAGGAAGCAGUCAAAAUUCAAGUAACAGAUGGUUCGACAAAACAAUUCAAAUUGUAAUAAGUGGAGACGGUGCGUGUGGGCUGUGUUAUGAACACUCUCCAUCGGAAGCAGUAGCAAUCAUAGCAGCGAUGGAGAAGAUUCUGAAAGAUACCGAAUCUCAACCAAUAAACACCGAGGUUCCUUCUGCAUGUGACCAUCUGCCCCUUCCAGAAAGGCUAGAAUGGUGUCUGGAAAUUGAAGAUUUCCAAAAGAUAGAAGAAGCCGCCCAAUACCUGGACAAUCUCAUCAAAGAUUUGGACUUUUUGGUUCUAAGAUUUGAUGGCUAUGGAAAGGACUUUAUGAAAUCGUGCAAAGUCAGCCCUGAUGCUUACGUUCAAUUAGCUUUGCAAUUGGCUUAUUACAAAUUGUAUGGAAAAUUAACUGCUACAUAUGAAAGUGCUUCUACCAGGCGUUUCUUAUUGGGUCGGGUUGACUGCAUACGUUCCGCUAGUGUUGAAGCAUUGGAAUGGGCUUCAGCCAUGCUCCAGCAUACAGACGACAUAGAUGCAAACAACAAAAAAGUAACUUUCCAUCUUGUAACACAUGAAGAAAAAAUAAAGUUGUGGCUAAGGGCGGUUGAGAGACAGACUCAAGAAAUGGUGGAUAAUAUUUUGGGCCAAGGUAUAGACAUCCACUUACUGGGUCUAAGGGAAGCUGCAAAAGAAACAUCACCUACUGCCGCACAUCCUCUACCCGAAAUUUUUACUGAUGAGUCAUAUCGUAUAGCGAAUAGAUUCAAUUUAACCACCAGUCAAGUUGCAACAUCAAUUGACAGUUUCAUGGGAUACGGACCUGUUGAACCGGAUGGUUAUGGAGCGUCUUAUAACAUAAAAUCUAGUAGUAUUGUUUUCUGCUUAUCGUCAUUUUGGUCAUCCCAAAUCACUAGUACGUCCAAAUUUGCACAAGCGUUAGAAGAUAGUCUCAAUACCAUGCAAAGUCUUUUGGGUACCAACUUUGACUCACAUCAAAGCGCUACUUAGAUUAACAUGUUAACUGACUAUUUAGGUAAUAGAUCUAAAAAUAUAUGAUGUGGCAAAUUUCUUUGAAAAUUAUGGAGUUGGUGAGUUUACAUAUAUCUAUAUCUAAUUCCGUCCAGGGAAAAGACGUCUGACAUUAUAGUAUGAAGCUUGGUGAGAGGUUUUAUUUAUGAGGAAACCUUCAAAAGUUGAGAAAUUUAAAUUUUUUUUCACAAAUAAGAAGAACUAUUUGACUUUGAAAAAUGACAAGCUUCUCCAGUCGUUGAUCUCUAUAUAUUUAUGUAUCGUAAACAUUUUGGUUUUCAAUCGAUUCGUUCUGUUCUGAAAGAGUUAGUAAUAGGUAAUGCAAUGUUUGAAAAAGGCAGUAGAAUAGUUAAGGUGGAAAUUUGACGUUCCCUUGUCAGCUGAUAUCCUAGAGGUGUGUUCUUUUAUUCAGUCUUCUAGAUUCCAUCAUAUGCUUAAAUAUGUGAGAGCGGGUCGUUAGAAAAAAAAGAUUUACAAAUGAAGUUUGCUACAUCAUAUGAAUAAACGUAUUACCUUUUUAGAUUGCUUACAUCUAGGUACAACAAAAAACAAUUGUUAGGAAAAUGUUCUUAUUUUUAUUAACAAAAUGGUUCCAAAACAGUAUAUGAAAGUCUCAUCUGAUAGUCAUUUAGUAUAAUACUCGUCAUCAAGAUUUCGAUAUUGACCUCAUCGACUAAAGUGCUUAUCAGCAUUAAGGUUAAUGAGCUAAUCUGGGGAUUGCAUGUUGUGCCCAGUUUAAAUUAGUUGUUCGUACCUUUGCUGGAUAAGUGUGCAUUGUUGAAAGAACAGGUCAGAUUAGGAACGCUAAAUUUUAUUGCAGCGAGUCAAUGUUCCUGUAUCUGUAUAUGUAUCAAGUGUUGUGCCGAACGUUCUUACCACCACAACGCGUCUUGAUCAAAUUUAUGUUUGAAGAAACACAAUCCAUUUUGCAUUGUUGUCUCUUUGGGUUUCCAAAACACAUUAUAAUCGAUUUUGUAAGUGCCACAGUAGGAGAAUUCCGUUGUGGGUCUUCAGAAUCCGCAAUGUGGCUUGAUCAAACGUUUCAUGAAUCAAAAAACAAUUUUCGCUUUGUGGUUGUUUCUAAUUUGUCAUGAAGUACUAUGAUCGUUUUUGCAGGUGCCAUGAUAAGAGUAGGUUAUGGAUUCACGUAGGAAACCACAAUGCGGUUUGAUCAAACAUAACACAAGUUUCCCCUGGUGGUUCUUUUGAGUUUGUCAGAAUCCACAAUGAUGAUUUUUGCAUGUGCCACGACAGAAAAAUUACAUACAUUAACUUGAAAAUCCGCAAUGUGGCUUUUGAUGAAUUACAACGCAAGUUUCAUUUUAUGGUUGUUUUCAAUUUGUCAGAACGCACUAUGAUCAUUUUUGCAAGUGCCAUAACAAGACUAGGUAGGUACCGUAUUGCGGAUUAUCUUAAGAAACCACAAUGCGGCUUGAUCAAACAUUUUAUGAAUCACAAGUUUCGCCUUGUGGUUCUUUUCAAUUUGUCAGAACGCACAAUGAUAAUUUUUGCAUGUGCUGUAACAGGGAUAUGGCGCUGUGGAUUAACUUGAGAAGCCACAAUGCGGCGUGAUCGAGCGUUUAUUGUUGGAAAGCACUAUGACGGCUUUGCAUGUGCCACAAUAGGACUGUCGCAUUGUGGGCUAACUAGGGAAACCACAAUGCGGCGCUAUCAACGCGGCAAAUUUCUCCUUUUGGUUGUUUUAAAUUUGUCAGAACGGAUUAUAAACGUUUUAACUAAUGCCAGAGUAUGAUUUCUGAGUGGUGGUAAUCUCGAAAAGCCACAACGUGUUUGGUCAAUUAUUUGAGGAAUCAAAACACAAAAAUUUCAAAAUCAUUUCAAGUGUUCUAGGACGCAUUAUAUUUAUUUUCGUUAAUGUCACAAUAGGAACGCACAUUAUUAACAAACUAACUAACAAACAUUAAAAAAAAUGUAAUGUAUACAAUUAUGUUGUUAAAAUAUUUAUUGCUGUUUUCAUAAAGCUUUAAGAUUUGUUAAUUAUUAAAUAUCAACAAGUAGGGGCUGUGUUUAGAUUACUUAUUACAUUUUAGUUGUGUGAUAACAAAGUUUAAAUAUAAUGACUUAUUAUGGAUCUCGCAUAUAAUCUAAUUAAUAAAAACUAAGCAUAAUAAGUAUAAACAAAAAUGAAAAUUCAUUCUAGCUAAUAUUUUUCAAUUUUUCAUUUCACAAAAUUUAAUUUGCCAUUCUAUUUUAUUAGCUAAAUAGACAUGAUGACAGUUAAAAUACGCAGGUAAUAUUUCGCAAGAAAAAACUAAUUUAUCAAAAAUACGUACGAAUUAAAUAUUCCAGUUUGAUAAAUAAUUUUACGCUUUCUAAAUUAAGUACUGUAGAACUAGCAUAGGUAUGCGGUGUUAUGCUUAUAUAGAUUUUGUAGCGCACAAGCCUGUAGCCUUAUUUUACAACAAAAGGGUUUGGAAGUUUUACAAAUGUUAUUUUUCUAACUGCUUAUCGUCGUGGGUAUAUUAUACUGGGAUAGAAAACAAAAGUGGACGUUGCUAUUAGGCUGCUUACACACUCUGUUAUUUGUGGUAGCCACUAGAAACCGUCAGGUGUUGAGUGAAAACAUUACGCCAUUAGCAACAACCACAAUGUUCAGUAGCAACCCAUUCUCGCUACUUGAACCUGGCGCUGACUUUUAACGGCUUUGACACAACUUCUUUCUGGGACUGCCGCCUAUCGAAAAUAGCAGACCAGGAGAUUUCAGAGAUGGUAUCUUUAUUAAUUAGUGGGUCAGCUGGGUUCUUAAAACCAUUUUUUUUAUGGUUUGUAUUUCUCCAAAAAUUUUUCUUGUUCUGUUUGUUUUUAAGGACUUCAAGAAUUCAUGGCCAGUAUGUAGUCAUGCAAUUAAUUUUAGCUAUUAACUCUGGCUAGAUCUUCAUCAAAAGGCACUAUAGUAUUUUGAAUGUCGUCUGGUGGUAACCACGCGUAAUAGAAGAUAGUGGUUGCUAUAAAUCACCCUUUUAGUAGCGGCCAAGUGUGGCUGAGUGUGUAAGCGGUCAAAUCUUUAAUAAUGAUUCGUCAUCAUUCUUCGUCAACAGUUUGCUUUAACCCAGACCAGGGGUCGGCAACCUUUUGAUAAUAAAUCACAAUUUAUUAGUCACUUCUGUGCUCGCGAACGGUUAAUUUAGAAAUUCGAAAAAGGUUGUUAAAGGUGUAUGUU